AAUGAACAUCUUUACAAUCUUGCUGUCCCUCUUCACGCUGAUAGAGCAAACCUCUGUGAAAGUAAAUCUAUUUAAGACCCAAACUGUAGUAACAGACUCGAUUUCAGUGCAGAUUUCAUUGAUCAAAGAGCAGAUAUUCUCGGUUCAUCUAGUACAUCCGGUAAACACUAGCAUUCAAGUAGAUCUAUCUGGGGAGAAUUUCUUUGAAGGAUUUGAAACUGUUAAUUUAAAUGGCGACUUAUCUCUUAAGAAUAUGACAAGCAACAAGGAGAUCGGAGAUGUCAAUAAAUACAAACUUAAAAACCAAGGCCUCGUUGAUAAUGAGCUCCAUUAUUCAGUUAGUUUUCUAUUGGAGUUUGGAGAGAAUAAGAUCCGGAAAAAUUUUCCUAUCUCUAAUCUUAACCUGAUGUACUUUACUGAUAAUAGAGUGCUGGAUGUGCAUGAUAUGACAAUAUCUUUUAACUCAGACUCCUUCCACAGAAGUCUAGAGCUAGAGUCAUUUAGAAAGAAAUCGAUCAAGGAAGUGGCUGCUCAUACCCAUGCACUUUAUAGUUUCAUUAUAUGGAGCUGGCUUUCUGUGUUCAUUUUCAUUUCAGGGCAAUUUUAUCAUAAAUAUAUCGUAUGAAAGCAAAUUUUUCAUCGGGGAACAGCAUUAUGAAUCAUAUCCUUUGCUGCUGUUAAUUUUGUUCUCCUCUUAGGCUCUGUGACGAAGAGAAAAUUACCUCAUAACUUGGUAAAUCUACACACUAUUAUCGGAUACGAAAUAUUCCUAAUAAUCCUUGCUCAGAUAGUCACAGGAGUCGUUGCAAAAAUUUUAAGCAAGUCAAAAAGAGAGAAUGCUGCAGACUAUCUUGACAUUGCAAGACUGAUUCACAGAUAUCUUGGAUACUACGUUUUAGUCUACUCAAACCUGAAAAUACUAUCCAUAGUAGGACAGAUUAGUUAUAAUUCAAGAUUCUUCUUGAUAUUGAACUACAUAGUCAUAAGUCUGACAUGAGUCUUCCUGUGUGGGAUCUUACCUCGCAUGAGAUUUAGUAGAGCAUCGACCAGAACGUAAUACUUAUUAAAACUGUUACAUAUAUGAUUCA